AAGAACACGUUGUAGGAGUUGAGAGCUUCUCUCUCUAAGUACUCCUCCACAAUUUCCUGUCCGCAUUUACCAGAUAGAGGUAUCAAUGCUCUAUUUGGGUUUCAUGAAUUAACAGAUUUCGGAUAAAGGGGAUUUGUGCAUUUUACUCAGUCCACUCCAUAAACUGAUUUACGCAAUUGGAUAAAGGGGAUCUUUAAAACCCACCAAUUUCCACACCAGCUCCGGUGACCCAGUCACGGCGGAAGCUUCAUUCGGCAAACCCAAUCACGGACUAUAGCUUCUGCAUCUUUAGACGAUUCGAUCAGAGGUAGCUCUAUUUAGCAAACCCAGUCACGGUCUACACCAGAUUCGACUUGCUUCUCAAAGAGCUCGACUGGAAUCGAAAAUCCAAAAUCAGUAAGGGUGCUACAAUUUCUAGCUCUUAUGGGUUGUUUUUCCAGCUCUUGUGGGUGGCCUUUUCUCCGAAUAACUUCAUAUCGGAGGACGGUGCUCGUCCAUUCCUUCAUCAGAUCCACUCCACGGCUACUCUGUUGGGGUUCACGGCGGAGAAUGGUGGCCUACCAGACAUGCCAGAUGGGAGAAAAGAUUGAUGAUAUCUUGGGAGGCCAGGGGAGUGCUGCUCUUGGAGACUACGCUUUGGAUUUAGAGAUGGGGGAACAGAAUAGAGAUAUAGUGGAGUCUAAAGAGCAGACCUCUCCCCAACCAAGCCCUAUCGCAGACCGUGGGAAAGGGCCAGUGAAUAAUGAAGUGGAAGUGCCCAUCUGCCUUUUUCCCACGGUCUACCCAAUUGAGGAAGUCUAUCACCCACUCCUCAAUGCCAUCGCUCGGGCCCAUCGGGAAUCUUUUUCCAUUUUAAUCCGCGGUCUCUCCGACUCGGGUCAAUACUUCUGAGAGACCUCCACGACUACUGAUGCCUUGGGCGCAGUUGCGCUUCGAUGAGUUUUCCCUUGCCAUGGAGGUAGCUAUGCAGGAGCUGAUGCAGGACCUGGCGGAUCUAGGCUUUGACUUGGGCUGGUUGAGUGUGAGGGGUUCCGCGCUCAGAGUAGAGAGGGAGCGAGUAGCUCUGCAGCCUAAAAUCCAAAGCCUUUUCGCCCAAGUGGAGUUUGCCAAGCAACACUUGACGGAUCUAGAGGCCAUGCUUGCCCAAGCUAGGCAGCAUGAUGCGGAGCUGGCUGCCGCGAUGCUGAACCUUGCGAACCCUAACCCCAACGAGCUUGUCUUCGAGGAAUUGGCAUCUUAGGCCCUCCUCUUUUUCUAUUUAUUUCUUUUUAUUGUACCACAUGUAUCAUUAUUCCAUUUCAUGAAUAAUAAUGGUGGUCUUCGGUGGACAUCCAUGUCUUAAUUGCCAGUACUAGCUUCUCUUUAUUUGCCUCAAUUAAUAAUUGCUAAUCCAUUCGAGAUUUUUGACU